UCGGAGAGUCGCGGAGCCCCGCACGGAUCCCGUCCCGGAGCCCGGCUGAACGCCACCGCAGAGCUCCUUCAGAAGGUCCCGCAGCCCGGCUGAAUCCCACCGCAAAGUCCCGUCGGGAGUUCCCGGAGCCCGGCUGAGCCCCGUCCGAGGGUCCCGGAGCCCCAGCCCCACGGCAAAGCCCCACCGGAGGGUCCCGGUCUGGGCAGCCGCCUGCGCCGGAGCCCGCUCGGAGGAGGCUCCCGGAGCCCGCGGGACCCUCGGUGAGCGGCGGUGCCCGGGGGCUUCCCCCCCCGGUCCCUCCAUGGACUGAGAUGGCCUCGGAGCUGGCCAUGAGCGCGGAGCUGCCCACGAGCCCCCUCGCCAUCGAGUACGUGAACGAUUUCGACCUGAUGAAGUUCGAGGUGAAGAAGGAGCCGGCGGAGGCGGAGCGGCUGUGCCACCGCCUGCCCGCCGGGUCCCUGUCGUCCACCCCGCUCAGCACGCCCUGCUCCUCCGUGCCUUCCUCGCCCAGCUUCUGCGCUCCCAGCCCCGGCGGGCAACCGGCCCCCGGCCCCCCGGCUACCACCGCCGCUUCCCUGGGCUCCAAACAGCAGCUGGAGGAGCUGUACUGGAUGUCGGGUUACCAGCAUCACCUCAACCCCGAAGCUCUCAACCUGACGCCGGAGGACGCGGUGGAGGCGUUGAUCGGUGCCCCUCACCAUCAUCAUCAUCAUCACCACCAAGGGUACGAGCCCUUCCGACCUCAACCCUUCGGGGGCGAGGAGCUGCCGCCGGCCGCCCAUCACCAUCCCGGCCACCACCAUCAUCAUCACCACCACCUACGCCUGGAGGACCGGUUCUCCGACGAUCAGCUGGUGAGUAUGUCCGUGCGGGAGCUGAACCGGCAGCUGCGGGGCUUCAGCAAGGAGGAGGUGAUCCGCCUCAAGCAGAAGAGGAGGACCUUGAAGAACCGGGGCUACGCUCAAUCCUGCCGCUACAAGCGGGUCCAGCAACGGCACAUCUUGGAGAACGAGAAAUGCCAGCUGCAGAGCCAGGUGGAGCAGCUCAAGCAGGAGGUGUCCCGCUUGGCCAAGGAAAGGGAUCUGUACAAAGAAAAAUAUGAGAAGUUGGCCGGCCGGGGCUUCCCGCGGGAGCCCUCCCCAUCCGCCGCCCCGAAAGCCACCGCUGACUUCUUCAUGUGAGCCGGGCUGGUGGGAUGGGGUGGGAUCCCCUUUUUGGUUUUUUGGUUUUUUUCCUCAUGCGGGGAGAGCAAGCCCGCCGCUUCUAUUUAAAAAAGAAAAAAAAAUAUGAAAAAAAAAAUAUUAAUAUUAUGAAGUCCCCACUGAAAUUUUGGGGAGGGGAAGUUGAACUGCUCCCCUCCCACCACGCACCCACCCAUCGGGACUCGGGGUGGGGGUCCCGGGGUGGGGGAGUGGGGGGCAGCCCUGCAUGCGGGACGUGUACGGCCACCCGCCCCCCUUCCCGGGAGCAUCAGCGCCAUCCAGGUGGCUUCUCCCCACCUUUUCCUGCGGGUUUCCCCCUCCAUUGGGAUUUUUAUUCUUCGAGGGAUCCCCACGAAUCGGCCGGGGGGGUCCCCGGCAGCGCUGCGCCCUGCCCGGCCCCUCCGCCCACCCCCCAUUCCCGGCCGGCAAACCUGAGCCACAUUUAACUUAUUCACCCUUGUAAAUAUGUAGAAAAUUAGUUCGUUUUUGCCUUUUUUUUUUUUUCUUUUUUUUUUUUUUUCUUUUAUUGUUUUUUUUUCCUUGAGCCUAUAUUUUGCUUGGUGAUUUACGAGAAAAAGAAAACGAACAAAAACAAACAAACAAAAAAGAAAAACCAACAAAAAAACCCUAAAAUCCUUUAGAAAAGAGAAAAAAAAAUUACACGAGUCUUAAAAGUUUGUAUGUAAUAGCAUGCAAAUAAUAUCCGAGUUAAUUUAACGAUGUUGGGAAGAACCCGAAUGCACUAUAUACAGGAAUCGAUUGGGUGAAAUAAUACUGUUUUAUAGAGAUUUAAAAUUAUCUAUGCUCUUAAAAAUAGUGGGGAGGGGCGGGAGGGGAAGAGGUAACAAUUUUAGGGCGACCUGAAAGGCAAUAUAGUAAUAUAUGGACUGCAAACGGUUGGCUGCUAUCUCACUAUGCACCAGAUUUAUUUAUUAACCCUCGGGAAGCGGAAAAUCUUAUUUUAACCUCGAUGUUUGGAGAGAAAAAAAAACACAGACGGCAAGAAAAUGCACAUUAUUUGUUGUGGAAACAAGAGGAAAAAAAAAAAGGAUUAAGAAUUCGUGCAAUCGUUGGAGCGAAAGCGGGACCGAUCCUGCGCGGAGGAGCGGGGCGGGUUUGUUUGUUUUUUUCCUUUUUUA